AUGGCGAGUCGAAUACUGACCAGCCGUCAGGCUGAUGAGCUGCAAUCCAUCAUCGCAUAUCUUUCCGCAAACGACCUCCCCGGCACAGCAGCAGCCCUGCGACAAGAACUAGACCUCGGCGAAGAUGUCCUCGACAACAACACUGUCAAGAAAUACGAGGGGCUGCUCGAGAAGAAAUGGACUAGCGUCGUCCGGUUACAGAAGAAGAUAAUGGACCUCGAGUCUCGAACUUCCGCCCUCCAGUCGGAACUGGACAACGCCACCCCGACGACACUUUCGCGGAAGAACCAAGACCCUGCCAGCUGGCUUCCUAAAGCACCUGCACGGCAUACGCUGCAAUCGCACAGGAGCCCCAUCACAUGCGUGGCUUUUCACCCCGUUUUCUCGUCACUGGCAUCUGGCUCGGAGGAUGCGACCAUCAAAAUUUGGGACUGGGAGUUGGGGGAACUUGAAAGAACAGUCAAAGGUCACACCAAGGCUGUCCUGGAUGUUGACUUCGGCGGGCCGAGGGGGGGAACGCUAUUGGCAAGUUGCUCCAGCGAUCUGACGAUCAAGUUGUGGGAUCCAUCGGACGAGUACAAGAACAUUCGGACCCUCCCAGGCCAUGACCACAGCGUAUCGGCUGUCCGAUUCAUUCCGUCAGGCGCAGCUGGGGCUCCAGCAUCCGGCAAUCUUCUAGUGUCUGCUUCGAGAGACCAUACCCUCCGUAUAUGGGAUGUCAGCACGGGGUACUGCGUCAGAACAUUGAGCGGCCACGCAGACUGGGUUCGCGAUGUUUGUCCUUCUAUCGACGGGCGAUACCUUCUUUCGGCCGGUAAUGAUCAGACAGCGCGCCUAUGGGACAUAUCAAUCUCGAAUCCGGAAACUAAAUUGACACUCAUUGGCCACGAGCACGUGGUGGAAUGUGCUAUGCUGGCCCCAGCCGCUGCUUAUCCACAUCUGGCGGCUCUUGCAGGCCUGAAGAAGCCACCGCCCGCAACCUCGACCGCUGAGUUUAUGGCAACGGGCAGCAGGGACAAGUCAAUCCGGUUAUGGGAUGCUCGAGGGACUUGUAUCAAAACGCUGACGGGUCACGACAACUGGGUCAGGGCAUUGGUCUUCCAUCCAGGUGGCAAGUAUCUCUUCUCCGUCAGUGAUGACAAGACCCUCCGUUGUUGGGAUCUGACCCAGGAGGGCAAGUGUGUCAAGACCCUCGCGGACGUGCAUGACCAUUUUGUGAGCACAUUGAGGUGGGCACCCAGCGUUACGAAGGGUGCAGCCGGGCUCAACGGAGAAGCGGAUAAGAACGGCACAAACGGGACAUCGACGCCCAAGAAAGGUGCCGCCGACGACGUGCAGAUCCGCUGUGUCAUUGCGACGGGCAGUGUCGACUUGAACGUUAGAAUCUUUGCGAACUAG